GAUAACGGCUGCUAUAACAUCGGAGUCGUCGCACCGAAAGUCCGAGCUUCCACCGCACCACCGCCAGAGAAAGUCAUCGUCUGCGUCGGCAUCCCACCUGCCAGGCAAGCUCCGUCCCCGUCGAAGCCCGUCGACGUUUCGUACCGUCCGUUCGUCGACGCGACGAUCAGAUAAAUCCGCAACUGUAUAAGACUCCGCACGUCAUCGCCAUGGGCAAGAAACUCCUGACAAUGACCCUACUCCCGAUUGUCUUGGCCUUUUCAACAAUCGGUGCCGAUCACGUUGGCGCCAAGAAUGAUGAGCCAGUGCUGAGACUAGUCAAUGUCGUUUUUCGACACGGCGACCGAGCUCCUGACCCGUUAGAAACUUAUCCCACGGAUCCGUUCAUAAACGAAACGUUCUACCCGGAAGGUCGAGGAGGUCUUACCAACGCUGGAAAAAUGCGCGAAUAUCAGCUGGGUCUCGAGCUUAAAGCUCGCUACGGUGAUUUCCUCGGACCCAUUUGGGUGCCCUCGAUGGUCGAGGCUCGCAGCACGUACUACGACAGGACGAAAAUGUCCCUUCAAUUGGUCCUGAGUGGGCUUUUCCCGCCGGCGCCGAUCCAGCGAUGGAACAGCCAGCUUUUCUGGCAACCGAUACCGACGACCUACAAGCGCUCCUACGAGGACAUCCUUCUGCUCUCCGACGAGUGUCCGAAGUUCGCGGCUGAGUUCGAACGGGUCAAGAAUAAUCCUGAGAUCGUUAGAAAAUUCGCCAAGUACAGCGCACUCGCUGCUUAUAUCGAAACCCACAGCGGAAGGCCUGUGACGUCCGCUUUCGACCUCUACGACUUUUACCACAUAUUUACCGCCCAGAUGGCCGCGAAUUUGGUGUUGCCGGAAUGGACCAAAGAGAUUUACCCAGAUGGUCAAUUGUACGAAGCAGCUACCGUUCAAUACGAGAGUGCCUCUUUUACCAACAACCUCAAGAAAUUGAACGGAGGUCCAUUGGUGCGAAAGAUCUCAGAGGACAUGUCCGCAGUUAGGAGCGGAACUACGCCUGCCGAUCGUAAGAUUUACCUUUACAGCUGCCACGAGACGAACAUCGGUGCAGUUUUGAACACACUCGGAGUAUACGAACCCCACGUUCCCCAGUAUUCGAGCGGCAUUGUCGUCGAGCUUUGGGAGAAGAAGAACGAGUACUUUGUCAAGGUUCUCCACUACCUCGGAAUACCUCAGACCUUCGUAACGAAGAGGAUACCUGGAUGCGAAGAACUCUGUCCUCUGGAUCAGUUUCUGGAGAUAAUGCAGCCCGUUAUCCCCUCUGAUUCCGACUUGAUAUGCGUAAAGAAGGGCGCUCCCCAGGCGCUGAGCAAUACGCUGUGAUGAAAUUAGGUAGAAGAGAUAAGAGAGAUGGUUUCGUUAUAUAUGAUCGUGGUGCGGUCUUUGAAAAAAAGAAUAAAAAUAUACAUAUCGUUGAUUGAUUCGCGCGUGCGGCAGACACGCCGCGUAUCGUUAGACGCGAUGCUGCAGGGUGUGGUGAUUUUUCUUUUUUCUUCUUUUUCGUCUAAUUUUAUUUAUACGCACGCACGAUUACGGAUAAGUUCAUUCUACAGCAUAGAAACGUAUCACUCCCGUCGUCCGCGGUAUAAAAACCUUUUCAUGAAUAUAUCCAUCGUAAGAUUUCAACCAAUUGGAAAUUUUUUUGUUAUCUGUUUUUAUUUUCAAUAUCGAUACCGAGAUGACGUGCAGGUUUAUCUGCGAUAAAAUAUAAGAGUGGAAACGCUUCGCAUGUCUUGCGGAAAAUAAUUUUUACUCCGUUUAAAAUGCACCUGUCACAAUGGACGCGCGUACAACGCGUGUAAAGCUGUACAUGUGUGAAUCAUACCUAUAGAAUUGACAAUGGUCCGAUGUUGUUGUUGUUGUUGUUGUUGUUGAUCUUGUUUUUUUUUUUUUUUUUUGUUUAUUGUACCGUUCUUGUUGCUCUUCGUAUUAACGAAAUCUAACUUUUCUUAUAAUUUUUUUUCUCAGUAUUCUCUGCCUUGUUGUACAUUUAAUAAUACACCUGCCUACCACGCAAUUGUUUAUUUAUUUAAUAUACAUUCUAAUAUUAUUUUAUUUGUACAUACACAUAGUAGAUAUGGAAAUACGUAAAAACAAUUACGUAUUCGUUGAUACGCACUCAGUUUCAUUUAUAAUAAAUAUAUUGAAUUCUGAAUUG